CUUCAUUUAAAUUUUGCUUCUUUGACACACUACCUUUGAAUCAUGACGAUCAACGUGUUUCCUAGAGAUGCACAUGCUGAGGGUUUUACCACAGUUGCUUACAAGACCGAUGGAACUGGCAUCGUAACCGGUGGACAGGAUUCAAUGCUUCGUAUAUACAACGCCUUGCCAUCCCAACGCAAGGCCGAACCUAAAACUAUAGACGAUCACAGUGAGGCAGUACUGACAAUUGCUACUCAUAAAGUAAACUUUGCAACAGCAGGCGAAGACGGAUCGGUAUUGAUAUUUCGAACUAGUAACAACGAAUUUGAAAAGUUUUUGGUGCGAAGCACAGUGCCUGUACGAUGCCUAUCGUUUAACAGUAACGGAACACGUAUCGCUGUCGCUACAGAUGAAGAUGUCAUUCGUGUCGUUCUUGUGCGUGAUAUAUCCAAAGUCGUUACUCUAUAUGGACAUACCACACUUGUCAAAUCAGUUUCGUUUUCUCCUACUAGCGAUCAUUUGAUAUCAACGGAUUGUGGCGGUGAUGUCAAGAUCUGGGACAUGAAUCAUACGAGUGGUGCCCCUCAUUGUAUAAAGACAUUAUCCGGCGCAGUGAAUAAAUGUGCUUCGGAUGCAGAUGUAAUGAACACAGUUGCUUGGAGUCCAGAUGGUGCCUACUUUUGUUUUGCUGGAAAGGAUCAUGAAAUUUGUGUGUACUCUAGCAAAGAUUGGACACAGAAAUACGCCCUUGAGUUUGGCCACUUUAAUGAUAUUAUCACGAUGGCAUGGUCACCUAAUGGCUCAUACAUUUGCUCGGUCAGUAAAGAUCGACAAGUGUUGAUUUGGGACACAACGAAAAAAUCCACAGUGGCAAAGUAUGAAAAUACGGUCGGCGUCACUGGCGUAUCAUGGCAUCCCAAAGAAAAUGAACUUGCCCUUACCGAUCAAAACGGCCGACUUUUAAUAUGGUUUGAACCCCUUGAUCUAUCAAGCAUGCAACAUCCUGCGCAACGCGCCUCAAACGACAUGGAUGACUUGGAAAAAUUGUUUGAAGAAGACGGAACACAAGCGAGCUUUAUUAAACGCGACAGUAUACUGGAUGAUGCAGCAGAAGACGAUGAUGAAGGGGAUGAUGUAGAAGACGAAGAGGGCGAGGAUCUGGAUGAUGGCGAAGAUGUGGAUAUGAUGUCGGAUAUGGGUGAUUUUGUGAUUGAUGACGACGGGGCUGGGUAUGCCGAAGAAGCGCGACGACGACGACGAGACCGCCAGCAGCAACAACGGCAAGGACGUGGUAGUACGCGCGUCAUCCAGCGGGGUCCCCAGUUCACAAUCAUUGAACAAAAGCGGUUCCAGCCUGGCGCUACUGCAUUCCGGGUCAUGGAUACUGCGAACCCAUCCGUACCUGUGGAGGGUGAGCGCCGAUACAUGGCGUUCAACAUGUUUGGCGUCGUUUAUACCAUUUACCAAGGCACACACUCGAUCGUCAACGUCGAAUUCCAUGACCAAGCACACAACCGCAAUUUCCACUUUACGGACUAUUACCACUAUACCAUGGCUUCUGUCAGUCAAGAUGGUGCUGUGUUUGCUGUUGAAGGCGGCAAGCCAAAGAAAAAGGAAAAACCGGCCGGUGAAGAAGAAGAAGAAAAAGACGGUGAUGAUGAUGAAAAGAAUGACGAACAAGGAUCGGGCGUGACGUCUUCUGUUCUGUAUUAUCGACCGCUGAUAAACUGGGCCAACAAUGCGGAAUGGACAGUGCAUCUCCCAGAAGGCGAAAACGUCGUGAGCGUGGCGAUCAAUGAAGGCUCGGUGGUUGCAGUAACAUCUGCAGGGUAUGUGCGGAUGUUUACGAUAUCGGGUCUCCAGAACCACAUCUUCCGACUGGACAAUGUUGUGGCGACAGCGGCGCAUGGCACGCUCGUGCUGUUUGUUUACAAGGGCGGCGGUUCCGGACUCAAUGGCGAACAGAACUUGGAGUUCAUGUUGAUGGAUACAGGCACCCAAGACAUUGUUCAAAAAGGCAAUCUGCCAUUGCAGAAAAACAGCCAGCUGACGUGGAUCGGGUUUUCAGAGGCUUCGCAAGCGCUCAUGUAUGACUCUCAACAUGUGUUGAGCAUCUUGCAUCGACAGCGACGUCCAGGUCAGUCGUACUGGGUCCCUGUGUUUGACGGCAAGGCUACUGCAAAGUCACUUGAACGACAAGAAAAAUACUGGCCCGUGGGGAUGCUCCGGGAUCGUCUCAUGUGCCUUGUUGUGCGCGGAAACAAUGAAAGCCCCUACUUCCCACGUCCACCUGUCGACGAUAUGGAACUACGUAUGCCUGUUGUUGAUUUGGAGACGGAAGCCGGACAGCUGGAGGAAUCUCAUAUGCGAAUGCGCCUCAUUUCUAUGCACGACCAAGGAGAGGCCGAAGCAACACACAUGGAGCAAGAAUACCAAGAGCUGUUGAGAGAAGCAGAUCAGGAAAUGGACAAGACGCUGCUACGUCUGAUCCAGAUUGGGUGCCGGGCGGAUAAAGAACAACGGAUACUCGAUCUGGCAUUUGCACUUCACCUGGAGCGAUCAGUGGAUGCGGCCAUCAAGAUUGUUACUCAUUUCAAGAUGACGGGCACGGCGGAGAAAUUGAUUCAGAUUAAAGAGGAAAAAUUCAUGAGCAGUCAAGACAUGGUCUUUUCUAAACGGUCCAUGGACUUGGACAUGGAUGAGAGUAUGGAAUCAAGCAAACGUGUACGAUACUAGAUGGCUACUACUAUCGUUUCAAUAUUUUAUAUAUAUAUACGACAACAACUUGUACAUAGUUCAAUACACAUAUACUAUCUAUUUGAGACAGUGUGUGUGUGUGCGUGUGUGUG